CAUCCUCGUCAACCAACACGCAAACACUCACAACAAUCAUAGGUCCAAAAACCAAAUCAGCAGUUCAAUAAGAAGAAUAUCAAAAUGAGCCACGCAAUCGACGUCUCCGCCGGACCCCUGUUCGGUGCCGGCCGCUUCCGCUCGGCGGUACCACCCUCCUUGAGCCACCCUACUCGCAAUUCCGGCCAAAUUAGCUUCAGUUCCAAUAUCGCGCUCCAAUCUCCCCGUUCCAGCAGGUCCGCCCGAUGGUCUCGCUCCAACUUCACCUACUCCUUCCCAGUCAACCCGGGCCAGAAAUUCAUCCGCCUCUACUUCUUCCCGACGACAUACUCCCCUGAUUUCAACAAAUCCGCCGCCUCCUUCUCCGUCGUCGCAGGCCAAUUCGCCCUCCUCGACAGCUACAAUCUGCCUCAUCCCCCUGCCAUCCGGCAACAACACCAAUCUCACCGCCGCCGGCGCCGCCGACUCUCAAGUCCGAUUCGUCAUCCUCCCCGUCGUGAAACCGCCGCCGACGAAGCAGCUGGAACACGAUGGUUGUUGACAGCCAAAAUUACAUUUUAGUACCUGAAGUUUUUAAGAAGAUACAAAUAGGUUCAACAUCAUAUGUGAAAAAUUAUAUUUUAGUACAUUAGAAAUUUUGCUUUACAUUUUAACACCUAAUAAAAAAAAAUAUACAGGUGGGUCCAAGGAGAUGGAUACCCAAGCCCAAUCCAUACCCAAAAAUAAAAUCCAAACCUAACUCCACCUACCCAAACAUUAUCCAAAUCCAUAUAGAAUAAAUCCAUACCCAUACCCAUAUAAAUGGGUAUAAUUGGG